UUGGACGGAACCAUUUUCCCUUUAGUGGGUUAUUGAGGGGAUUCUCCGCUAACAUCUCCCGCAUUUCCAUCUAUAACACGGGUCUCCCGCCAGUUACAAGCAACUAUAAGCUAACUGUACUAGCGGUAACGCCGGCGAUUCCCGCCGGGCAACAGGGAGGCGCUUUCCCAUAUGUUCACAAUCCGUACCAAGUCAAUAGCAGCGGGUCCGUACAGGCUUUCUAAAAUACUUCACUAUUUUCACUGUAUCCAAAUUAUUUGUUCAGUUUUAAUCUUUGUAUUGCUACUUUAUACAACAACCCCCACCCUCCCCCACGACUUUUUGCUCCGCUGCAGGCGCACCACAGGCACUGGUGUAUUGCCUCAAAUCGCCAAAGCAGCGAAACGAUUCCGAAAUCACAAUUGUGUAGAAGAGUUAUUGUUGACGGGGAAAUCUUCCGAUAGGUAUACGCCUCGAUCCUCGCAAGUACAGUCCUCCUUUACACAAUCUGCGUAUGCGCCAGGAUACCCGAGUCAAAGCACUCCGGGAGCGUGGCAGCAGUAUGGACAGAGCAACUCGAACGAGCGAAACACAUACGGGCCACGCAAUGUCCCACAUGAUUCGCAAAGAGGAAUUGGUCGUGGAGGAAGUCAUUCAAAUGUCACCUCCAUGCCAUGGUCUCAGCCUGAGGGAGGCAGGUUCGGAAGCUCAGCCUAUGGUUAUGAUAACCAGGGAACCAUGCCGUCUUCCUCGAGGCCACAACAAGUUAUCCCUGCCAUAGUCUCGCCCUCCGUCCAUUAUCAUUAUCAAACCGGGUCUGGCACUCCCAACCAUUCAACACCUUUCCUGAGCAGGCCUAAUAAUUUAGAACGAAAUACGUCAAACCAUGAAGCUUCCGAGAUACCUCGAAACGUCAUUAGGCAGUUGGACUCAGAUUACAAACUACAGCCCAGAUCUUUUUUCAGGGUAGGUCGUGUGUUCAUAACACCUUGGAGUGAAACAGCAGGCGAGAAUACGCCAGACGACGCGUCGUAUUUUACGUAUGGGAGUCUCGGACAAGGAGUAAUCCAAAAGGUUCGACGUUUCAUAAUUGUUCAACAAAACCCUGAAGCAACACAUUGCGUCUGUGUUCCCAUAUGCACUUAUGGCAAACGGGGAGCCACGAAACCCGGGCUCAAUCAAUCAGCUCAUGCCAUUGUAUAUGAGGGCGCUAAACCCCCUAAAAAAGAGGCGGGGGAAGAAAAUAUGACAAAAGACCCUAUAAGGAUUCGCGCCUCCCCCGGCGUAACUCUUCAUCGACGUUCGCGAGUGAAUUUUGGAAAGCCUCAAUCGGUUGAGCUGAAUUGCCUAGUGAUGAACUUGGGACAGGUCCAUGAAGAGUCUCAAUCUAUUUUCCAAACCUACUAUGAGAAUUCCCGCUAGUGUCCCGGCUUAUGCCCGUUAGAUCAUACAAUGGUAUGAAUUUCGGGCAUGUUCUGUCGAUCUAUAACAGUCUGUCCAGAUUCUCAUUGGACAAAAUAUUACUUCUCUUCAGCCGACAAUCCACCUUU